GACAAUAUUAUUUAUAGCGGGAUGAGUCAUAGGAUACAAGGUAGUCGCUUUAGUUGGGUUUUCACAAGUUGCCAUAGACAUAACGUGGUACGAGCAUAAGACACAGCAGCGUAGUGUCAGUGGAAGCAUUCACGCUUCCUAUCUUUUACCAAGCGUUCUACUAUAUACAUUAGCUUUGACACGUGCGUACGCGUAGGUGUUGACCGUUUUUCUUACGACCCGUUGAAAAUUGCUUUGGCUACACUUGUUUUUGCACCCUUGCGCGCGUUAACAAUGACUCAUUAUCGUGCGCUAAGUUUUUUCUAUUAACUUGUCUGCGGAGGGAAGAAAAAUAUAAGAAUCGAGGAAAGAGAGAGAGUGAGAGAAAGAGAGAGAGAGAAAAAGAAAGAGAGAGAGAGAGAGAGAGAGAGAGUGAGAGAGAGAGAGAGAGAAAGAGAGAAAGAGAUGCAUCCACGCCCCACAGUGACGUAUAAAGGAGUGGGAGUAAAGCGUAUACCGUAGAAAACAUCGAAGAUACCGCGCGUUUGAGGAAUUGAAAUACAAAUUGCAUUCGAUAUUUAUAAGAAGCGCGAGAGUAUGCGAGAUAUUGUACGCGCGUGCAUCACGCACGUCCUCGAGUAAAAGGGAACUCGUCUUUGGAUACGCUUAUGUAACUUUGCCCUUGCGUCAGAAUAAAGAGAGAGAGAGAGAAAGAGAGAGAGAGAGAGAGAGAGAAAGAAAAAAAAAGAGAGAGAGAAAAUCGUAAUAUUUUAAAAAUCUUCAACGCACUGGACAAAUCUCUUUGGAAGAUUUUUUUCUUAUCAAACCGGAUCUAUAUGCUCUUGGUUACGGCGUAAAAACAUUCAACGAAAGACGCGCUUCGAAUUGGUGAUUCACCAAAGUGUCGAACAAGCGAGCAAACGAGCGUAUUGGAGAAAGAGAGAGAGAGAGAGAGAGAGAGAGAGAGGGGAAAAGAAAGAAAAUAAAAGACAAGACAAGACAACAGGCAGAUAGAGACGACCUUCGGACCUGCCGUCAACAGAACGAGAUCUAUUCUCUAGGAUAUCGAUGGUAGAAAGUUAAACAAUGGAUCAAAUAUUUAACGAAGACCCUAACGUCACUUAUAGAGGCGCGAAUCGUGAAAAUAACGUGGGUCUACGAAAACAUCAUUUAACGUUGGAUUUAAACAGCUCGAGGCAAGAGUUGCGCGUUAAAACGCCGAGAUUAGGGCCGUUACCGACAACCUUGAACAACGUAGCACCGAUUUUGAGCUCGCCGGAUUUGAACAUGCUGAAACUAGGAUCGCCGGAAUUGGAGAGGCUGAUAAUCGAACAACAGGAUGCUAAUGGCGCCAGCAACACCGAGGGCGUUGUCGCAUCCUUGCCCACACCGACGGUCCAAAUACUUUUUCCAAAAGUGGUGACGGAAGCUCAAGAACUUUAUGCUCGUGGCUUCGUUGAUGCCUUAAACGAGCUACAUCACUCGGAUAGCUCGCAAGAACCCUCUAGUUUUUACGGUGCUACUUAUACGACUUUGGAGCCACCCGGUAGCGUGCAAAGCGUCGGCACAGAAUCCUCGGUUAGUCAAGGACUCAUGCAAAUAAAGGACGAACCGCAAACGGUACCAAGCGUUUCCAGCUCCCCGCCUAUGUCCCCGAUAGAUAUGGAGAAUCAAGAAAGGAUCAAACUCGAAAGGAAAAGACAACGGAAUCGCGUGGCCGCUUCCAAGUGUCGCAGGCGCAAACUCGAACGUAUUUCCAGGCUGGAGGACAAGGUCAAAGUUCUCAAGGCCGAGAACUGCGAAUUGAGUACGGUCGUGCAUAAACUCAAGGAACACAUUUGUCGGCUCAAGGAACAGGUGAUGGAUCACGUUCAUUCUGGCUGUCAAAUAAUGACUGUUUCGGAACAAUUUUAAAAUAUAGGGGCACGCGUAUUUAUACAGGUAUCGAUCCAGUCGAUCCAUCAUCUGUUGCGACCACUAUCUUUUGUAAGAUCCCGCUCGAGUAUUUUUUCUCUUUUAUCUUUAUGUAUUUAUUAUAUAUAUUAUAUAUAUAUAUCCUUAUGCAACAUUUUAAUUUUGUACACUGGAACAGGACGUGCUUGAUAAGAAGCAACGGGACUUCCGAUACCUCAUAAAGAUUUAUAUUUUUGCGACUUAAGAGACUUACAAUUGUAGUCCAGAGAAAGUGAGAAGGAAUUCGAGGUCUUUUGUCUUGCUAAUGCGUGCCAUUAUACCUAUACGAUGUAUACAGCGUACACAGUGCCUUCUGUGCAUAUUAUUAUUGCAUAGGAAAGGAUGAGAUUUCAAGGCUGUUCGUUCGUUCGUUCGUUCGUUCGUUCGCUCGCUUUUUUUAAAUAUUCUGGGCUAUAUGUACUACGAUCGUAAUAACGCUACUCGAGAUAACGGUAAUUUCAAGUUUUAAAGUUAUCAACGAUAAAUCAAAUAAUCGAUAUAUUGCUUGCGCGUAGAUGAAAUAAAGCCAACGACGAGAGAACUAAACGAUAGUACUAGAAACGUACGUACGAUGAAA